AUGCACAAAUCCGAAGCUCAGCUAUUGUCCCAACAGUUCAGAUGCACGAAAAAUUCGGUCAACCAACUCGGAUCUGCCACACACUCCCGUUCAGCAAAAGUUCAAUCCCAGUGUCUGUGAUAGUAGGAGUCCGACAGAGGAACGCAUGAUCAAUAGUCUGGACUACUCAAACUCAAACACAAGCACACCCAAACCGCUUUAUCAAUCUGGGUCAUUGUGCGAUUCAAGGCCACAUUUUGGCAGCCAUAGCUCGCUCGAUGACUCGGUAAACCAUACACCCAAUCAGAGGGUAGUUCCGAUAUAUCAAUUCGAAAACGGCGCGGUUUUUACCUAUGAACAAUUGGUUGCCGCCGGGUUUGGGGAGUGGGGCAUGCAACUGUGGGAAUGCGGCAUGCAGCUACGGACGCUGAUUCAGAACGACUGGAGUGCAGUCGCCGGAAUAGCAGCCUUAAUCUUGGUGAACUACAAAUCUGUGAACUGUCAUUCUCCUCUGGCCAAACCCAGUGACGUGUAUGCCCUUCACCACCGAUUCGUUGAGAUGCUAAAAAGUCAUUGUUGCGCCACCGUCUACUCAUCACAAGUCAACUCACCUGCAAACACAUUAAACUAUGCCUCCAGAAAAUCAUUUCGCACGGACAAUCAGACCGGUGCCACGCACAACAACCGGAACGGCGCCGGCGCGGGUUUGUCCACUCCACGAGUGGAUUCGACUUAUUUCUCCAAGGUCUUUCAACAAAAAGAUGAAAUACGAUCCAUGACAAGAGCAUGCCUAUUGUCCCCAAUGACACGACUGUUGGAAACCGAGAGUUUGAUUAGUCCUUGGCUUCAAGAGCUUGUGGAUCUAACACUGACUACUGAAUGAUCGUAACAAGUCAGGGGAUGCAGUGUUCAAAACAAUGCAGAUCGAUUCUCAUGUUACCCCCAUAUUGACUUAUGAUUUACCGUGUAUGAAGCUUUCUGUGUUACUGUUCUCGUCUGAAGGAAGCUAUCAUAAUUCUGUGUUGCUGUACAUAGAAUCGCGUCGGUAUGAUGUUUUUUCUUCUUCAACCUAGCAGGGACAACAAAUCUCACAAACUCGAUUUAUAGAAAUCACUCAACUCAAGCCUUCAGUAUUUCCCCGACGCUGAUAUGUCGUGUCCUUUUAUCUUUGAAUAUCAUACGCAUUAACAUCUUCCGUUUUUUGCAAACGAAAUGUAUUAUUUAUGAGCUACCAACAACAAUGUUACUGCUAUUUCCAACGGUAUCAAUCAAUAAAUCGAUGGGGCCCAAAUUGCGCCGUGACACUACCAUUUUUGAUACGUCUUUUGCCGGAGUUUCCAUGUUUUCGUGAAAAUGCCGUUCUCUGUUGUGAUUUCCAUGUGAUUGUUAAUAUAAACUGGACUGACUUGCUGCUACUCAAUGUCUUAUGGUUACGUACGGGGGAACCGCGAUGAAAAUCUUCGAGCCACUGGCAACGGGGCCGGAUGAAAACAAUCACUCCGGGACUAUGUUCAGCGGGGAAAUGG